AUGACGUCCUACCGGCAGGAGCUGGAGAAGUACCGGGACAUCGAUGAGGACAAGAUCCUGCAGGAACUCUCAGCUGAAGAGCUGGCACAGCUCGACCUGGAGCUGCUGGAGAUGGACCCCGAGGUGGGCACCCAUGGGCAGUGCCCCUCUCCCAGCAAUUUCACCCCCCAAGCACUGUCCCAGCACAGGGGCAUGAGGUCCCCAGACCCAAGGCUGGCAUCAUCCAGCUUGCUGGGCCCUUCUGAGGCAGCAGGAGGGACCCCCAAACCCCAACCCCGGGGAACGCCCAAGAACCCCACGCGGGAGAUCCCACGUGAGGAGCAGAUCACACUGGAGCCGGAGCUAGAAGAGGCGCUGGCCAACGCCACCGAGGCUGAGAUGUGCGACAUUGCAGCCAUCCUGGGCAUGUACACGCUGAUGAGCAACAAGCAGUACUACGAUGCACUCUGCACCGGGACCAUCUCCAACACGGAGGGCAUCAACAGUGUGGUGAAGCCAGACAGGUACAAGCCAGUGCCAGACGAGCCUCCAAACCCCACCAACGUGGAGGAGACACUGCGGCAGAUCCAGGCCAACGACGGGGCCCUGGAGGACGUCAACCUCAACAACAUCAAGGACAUUCCCAUCUCCACGUUGAAGGCCAUCUGCGAGGCCAUGAAAACCAACACCCAUGUCAAGAAGCUCAGCCUGGUAGCAACCCGCAGCAAUGACCCUGUGGCCAGCGCCGUGGCAGAGAUGCUGAUGGAGAACAAGACCCUGCAGAGCCUCAACAUCGAGUCCAACUUCAUCACUAGUGCCGGCAUGAUGAGCAUCAUCAAGGCCAUGUACCACAACAGCACCCUGAGGGAGCUCAAGGUGGACAACCAGUGCCAGCGGCUGGGUGACACAGUGGAGAUGGAGAUGGCCACGAUGCUGGAGCAGUGCCCUUCUGUCAUCCGCUUCGGCUACCAUUUCACACAGCAGGGACCACGGGCCCGUGCUGCCAGUGCCAUCACCAAGAACAACGAGCUCCGUCGUAAGCAGAAGAAAACAUAAUCUGCUGUGGCUCCACAUCCCCAUGGCUGCUGUGGCGCCCCAGACACCGUGUCUCAAGGCAGCCGCCUGGAGCUACAGUGCAUGCUCAGCUACCGACCCUGCUGCAGAAACAAGCUCCCUGGGAGCCGAAACCUCUGUAAAUAAAGAGCAUGGAGGGACGCAGACUCGGGGCUCUGCUCGUGGCUGUGGGGGAUGAGGUCGGACACUGGUCCAGGGUGCGAUUUGGGGGGUGCAGGGAACCCUGCAGAUUAGCUGAGCAAGGGUGAGAGUCCCAGAGAGGUGCAGAUUCUGGGCUACCCUGCUUUUCAGGACCCUCACUAGCCUCGAGCCAUUAAUCCAGGGCUCGUUAGGGUGGGGAAAGGGGCUGAGAUGGACACCUAGGUCCCUGUGACGCAGGGUGUGACGAGUUGGGAGCCAGCAGGCCCUGUGGCUGGUGUAUUUAUACCCAGGGGAUUGGGUUACGGGCUGGGGUGAGCAGGGGGAGUGGGGCACCCCCAUGGUGAGGAGCUGGGUGCCCCCAUGGCACAGAGCCACGCACCUGGGUUUGUGGAGGCCAGUGAGGUGGGGGGGGGCACAGGGACCUGGGAACAGCCCCCAGGCAUGUACCAGGCUUGGCCUGGCUCCUGUCAGGGCUCUGGCACCCAGUCCAUCACCUAUUUAUAGGCAAGGGUAGAUCCCAGUGCCCAGGUGUAACAUCACCCUGGGCGGUGCUACCAGGGAGCCCACAGCCCUCCUUGGGGUCAGGGUCUGGCCCCAUGCUGGACCCUUCAGCAGGUGCUUCUCCAGGGCUGCGGUUGCCAGCUCAGGGUGCUGGGAGGGAACAGGCUCUUAAACAACAGUCCCAUGGGUGCCAUCCCGAUGUGGGGGUACCUGCAGGACCUAAGUGCUGGCAGGCAAAGGAGGGGUGGGGAAACUGAGGCAGGGGGAGCAGAGGGCAACAGGGCCAGGUACUUUCCAAAGGACUAGGACAGCUGCUGGGAAGGAGGAGGAGGGAGCCCAGUGCUGCCACCCCAAAAGGUCAUGACCUGGAGACACCUGCCAGCAGGCAAAAAAGAGAGCGUGACUUGGGUCAGGGACAGGAUGGAAUGGGGUGGAGAGGAGCCGAAGCCAGAGUCGAGGUUGACAGUAUCCCCUGCUGCUCUCAGCGCUCUGGACACAGUGAGGACACCCCAAAAAACAUACAGUGCUGAGCACCUCAUGGUGCCUGAAUGAUGGGAUCCCUGA